UCGAGUGCUAUGUUCGUGCUUUAAACUAGCGAUUACAGAGUUUACGUGUAGUGAAGCUACUGUGAACAUGGUUUAUAAAUGUUGUGUGCCAAGGUGUCGUGGGAAUUACGGAACUGGACCGAAAGUAAUGCUGUUUUCCUUUCCGAAAGAUGCGAAUCUGCGUUGGAAAUGGCUUUCAGCAAUUCAUCGGGACAAUUUCCAACCCACUGAGCACACGAAGGUUUGUGAACUUCACUUCACCGAAUCUGACAUCUGCCGGCAUACAGAAUGUUAUGAUGAAGUGAAAGGCACAAAGCUUUCUGUCAAGCUUUCAAGACCGAGGCUUAGAGAGGGUGCUGUCCCAUCAGUGUUACCAGGCUGCCCAAGCUAUUUGUCUACUUCAUCCACCAGCUCUCGAGAAAGUGCAGAGGAAAGGAGAGCUAGAUUGGACAAUGAACAUCUUCUACAAGCAAUUAAAGACAGUAUAGUAACCAAAACAGAGUAUGAUUCGAGGAAGUUAUUUUCUACUUUUGAAGCAUUUCUGCAGUGCCUAGAAAGAGAAACCAUUCCCAGUGAAUGGACCAUUGUUAGGAGAAGUGACUGUGUCCUAUUUCUAUUGCUUACUGUAUUGCCUGCUCCGUCUGUAUCUGUAGUAGUGACAAAUGAUUUGCAGUUGUCUGCCUAUCGAAGUAACACUGAGAUAAGAAAGAUAGGCAGUAGAAAAAUAUCACACAAACUUUCAAAUAUGAAUGAUUUGUUUACAGUAUUAGACAAAGUGAAAGAAUUAGUCAGUGCAAAAGAAAAUUCAUUAAAAAUCCAGUGCCUUCUUAUACAGGACAUUUUAAAUGACAUGUGCAGUUCUGUAGAUGAAGAAAAACAGAAACAAAUUCAAUUCUUAAGUGAGCAAGUUAAGUUGCUAUGUAGCUGUGAGGAAAACUAUAGGUUUAAUCCUCACUUUUCUAUAUUUUGUUGUAUCCUGCAUUCUAUCUCCCCUCAUGCCUAUAAAUUUUUGAGGUCAUCUGGAAAGUGA